AUGCCAUUCUGGAGAAAAAGUGCACAGAAUGACGAGAGCAAUAGCUCUCAGGAACCAGACAACACCUCCUUAUCCUCGAGGGCAACAUCAGUCUCUUCUAGCGCUCAAAAGAAGGGCCUCAUCAAGCGCCAUGUGCCUUUUGAGGCUCCAGUGAACCCUAUUAAGCCGCCAGUGUUUGAUCUUACGAAGGAGCAGGAGGCCAAGUAUGAAGAGGUGUUGAAAUUUUUCAAAGAAUAUGUCAAGAAGGAGAUUCCCGUGUCUGACUCCGCCAACGCCGAAACCCAUCCAAUACUUGAUGAAGAAAAAGCCUGGCUCACCAAAGAAUGUUUCUUGCGGUACUUGAGAGCUACCAAAUGGAAAGUGGAACCUACCAUCAAACGUAUUAAGGAUACUAUGGUCUGGAGAAGAACCUUUGGUGUUGUUGUUGUUCCUGGUCAUAGCGACCCAAGGAAAAUUAUAACCCCAGAGCUUGUGGAAGCUGAAAACGUCACUGGUAAGAACCUUAUUGUGGGUUACGAUAACGAUAACAGACCUUGCUUAUACCUUAGAAACGGUUACCAAAACACUUCAGCAUCGUUGAGACAAGUGCAACACUUGGUGUUUAUGUUAGAAAGAGUUAUACAGUUCAUGCCACCUGGCCAGGACGGACUAGCAUUAUUGAUUGACUUCAAAGCAGCUCCAGCUCACUUGAAUCUUUCUUCCAAAUUCCCUUCCCUCAGCAUUUCCAAACAAGUUUUACAUAUCUUACAGAAUCACUAUCCCGAAAGAUUGGGACGUGGUCUUUUUACCAAUAUUCCAUGGAUUGGGUACACAUUCUUUAAGGUCGUGGGCCCCUUUAUUGACCCAUACACCCGCCUGAAGACGAUUUAUGACCAACCUUUCGAGAACUUUGUUCCUAAGGAACAGCUUGAUAAAGAGUUUAACGGUAUGCUCGACUUCGAAUAUAUUCACGAUACCUACUGGAAGGAGAUGAACCGCAUGGCUGAAGAAAAAUAUGAACAUUACAAGGCCAACUUUGCCAAACUUGGUGGAGAGAUUGGCUUGAGCGAAUACGAUUUGAGACGGCAACACGAAGAGUCAGCAUAG